UCCCUCCUGGUCAUUGUCGUCAUUGCCCACUCAAGCAAGCACGCUCGGCGGGUCAGGGCACCAACAUUGAGCAGAAGGCUUACAGCUUCGUCGACCAACAAACCGCGGCACAGCAGCAGCAGCAUUUUUCUUCCCAAGAGAAGAACAACGUGGUUCUGAGAGGCGGGGCAUCGAGGAGGCGCGGGAUGCAGCGUACAUAAGGGGGGAUACCACGACAUAAGCUUUCUACCGGCGAAGGUUGUUGGGACACACUGAACAGCAUUAACAGCUGCGAGACAAGAUACCCCACUCGCAGCCACCGGGGCCCACUCUUCCCGCUCACCCCGUCCUCCCGCAAACCGCCCUUGCGCGCCAGCUUCCAACCGAGGACCAUGUGGACGCCGCGUCAAGUUCUUUUUGCCGCCCUCGGCCUCUUGAUGCUGUCGCUCCCCCGCACGCUGGGGCAGAACCGACAGACUCCGGCACCCCAACCAACUCCCGCACCAACACUAGGCCCCACAGCGGAACCCACUCCAGCACCGACCCUAGCGCCCACUGAGGCGCCCACGCCAGCACCGACCAUGGAACCAACACCAGCACCUACGCCAGGGCCCACUGAGCCGCCCACGCCGGCGCCCACCUUGGCACCGACGUUUGCCCCGACACCUUUCCCCACGCCAGCGCCAACUUUGUUCCCCACACCUGCUCCCACCUUCAGUAAGGCCCCAACCCCAGCGCCAACCCCUGCGCCAACUCCUCCGCCGACGUUUCCGUACUACAGUUUCUGCGAGCGGCCGUAUCCGUUCGCUAACGAGAGUGAUAUCCUUUGCGUUGAAAUGGCGACGGAUCAGGACAGGGCGAACGGUGUCGGGGCAUUCUACGACGAGCUUGGUUGCGCGGGGGCGCAGUCGGGAACGGGUUUCGUGGGCUGCUCUCUCGGAGGCGUCCCCAGUUGCAGGCUGUGCGUUUUCCACCGCGCCCUCUACAGCCAGACCAUUCUCAACGGGGAGGAGGUGCCCUUCGUAGACUGCCCUUGCUGCGUGCCGGAAGUGUACGGGGUGGGAGGGGACAUCGAUUGCGACUUCGUCACCUCCGCAGCCCCGAUCCCAGUCCCGGCGGCCACGCCGUCGCCGACCAUGGCGCCGCAAGCUGCGCCGACCAUGGUUUCCGGUGUUACAUCUUCCCCUCUGGUGGAAGACGAAGCGAGGGGGGGGGUCGCGACGCUGGCGCCGGUCAUGGCCGUUACUCCAGCUCCUACCGCAGCCCCGACGAUUGCGAUGGAACCCUGCGAAGUCGGCGUGGCGGGUGACACAACGGGUGACUCCACGUUGUGCGUCGACAUCGCAUCUACCUUGGACUUGGCAAACGGCAUUGGGACCUACUACGAAGCAAAUUGCGAGGGGCUCGGCUGCGACAUCGCCGGCAAUGUAGACUGCCGACAGUGCAUUUUCGACGAGACUGCUUACGCGGCGUCGGGGGGAACGGAUGCUCUGGUGGAGUGCCCCUGCUGCGUGCCAGUCAUCUACCAGCUUCGGCCGGAUAGUUCGGAAUGCACCUGGCCCGCGACACCAACCCCCAUAACCGUGGAAGGGAGCGGCGGAUCUCGCCCGGUGAUUCCUGCUGCUGUUGCUUCCGCCGUUGGAAUCAUCGGGGGACUGCUCAGCCUCGCGCCGUUCCUUUGGACCUCGUGAGUCAAGCUGUCAUUGUGCCACUGAUUAUUUGACAUUCUCCGGCGGCCGAUUGUGUCAAUUCAGCGACACGGCCGUGGCUGAGCGCAGUGACUCGCGCGGGGAAAUCACAGCAGGAACGGCUGCGUUUGGGGGGUGCUUAAAAGAACAGUCUAGGUGUCGUGAUUGGUUGGCUUUUGGUUGAAGGUCUCCGUCGGCGAAAGGUUGGGCCUGACACGGGGUGCUUCUCGACCGCGUGGGUCAGGGAACGCCGGCAUGGCUGACUCCGGCUACACCGUUUUGGACCGAGUCGAUCGGGUUUGUACGGCAAUCUCUCGAAUUCUGUCUCUUUCUCGGAACUCUGUCUGCACUGAACUGCAGGCACAACGUUGCAGAGAUUGCUGUUGUACAUUUCGUGGCAAGUCCUCCCGCCUAGAACUCAAGCACGCUGGGGUUACUGUUGACCGUGACAUCUUGCCCAUACGUUUGUACCGUUCUCUACACAUAUUGCUGAUUCGGGCAUUUAUUUAAUAAUGCCGCCUGGCGCCUGUGGACUUGAAGCGACUGUAUUGGUAUUUUUUUUAUCCCGACGAGGCCCUUUUCGUUGGAAAUUUCAAGACAAUAGCCAAGAACCACGGCGGCAUCACACAUGCUGCGUUUUUUUUUUCGUCUGGGGUGCCUCACCAGCAGCCUGUAGGCCUCGUUGCUACUACCGUACCAAAAACUAUUGAUAUAUGCUGCCGGGGAUGACGAUGCUUAGGUUGUUGGCCGUCGUCGCGAAGCACGGAAGGGGUUGGCACGCCUUUUGUGAAUUAUGUCUAGAUACCGUCGUUCGUUGUGCUAAUAGAAAAGCGCUGACAUAGUAGCGACAUCGGGAGCUUUUGGCACCAUUUUUCAUGGGUUUUUGCGUCAGUCCACUGUAGUCACCUCUGCUACUUCGGAAUUGACUUCGCGGGCGCAAUAUUGCAUUUUACCUUGAGUAUGUAGACUAUGUCCCUGUCAAACUAGUCAAGAAUAACCCGGCCUGCUCGUGGUGGUGCAUUAUUUGGCAUCAGCACUCUGGGAGAUAGUCGCUGACAGCGCCUGAAAUGAUAAGUCUCUAAGGCGUAGGAACGUUGCGGCGGGUGCCCCAGCAAAAUUUAGCACCACUUUUUCGGCGCUCGGGCAACCAGCCCAACGCAACGCGAUCGCGUCCUGAACGCGGGCUCAUACAAGGAGUAAUUUCUGUGUUCCCUUUCGUCGAGCGAUUCGGGUGUUUCUUGAUUUUAGCGGCCUCGUUGUGCGGAAUGGUUUAACGCGUUGUGGCCGACUCGAUUCGCGUGGAAAGGGACAGGAACCUUCGUGAAGGAAACGGUUGAAGUAUUCCGUUUUUUUUUCUACCCAAGUCUACAUAUAAAAGCCUGCUCGCCAUUUGUAGGGGGGUCAUACGUCAGAUGCGUUGCAGAGGAAGUGGAUGUGUCACUGUUUGCAUCUUAGUUGGUGCUAUGGCUUUGAAGGGUGUAUUGUUCGGGGGUUUUGUGGGGGUCCGCCAUGUAAAUGGUCUGCGAAAUGAUUCUUGGGUAGGUAGCUGGCGAGCGCCAUUAUUUAUGGUUCUCGUCCAUUUGGACGGGGUUUCUUGUGGUCAUACCAGCAGGCGUGCUUGUACUACUGCUGAACAUCAUGUUAGGGGGGUACCUUAUGGUGGUUUUAUGUCAAGCUUUUGGCCUCCGAUGGGCACGAUACAAACUCAUCAUACGUGUUUUGCUGUUGUUGUAAACCUGCGGUGAAAACCACUCUCACUUAGGACCGAGUUGAAGCAAGGUAAAAGUGCACACAGGUGAA